ACAUUCCAGUCAUUCCAGCCGCAGCGAACAAUCGGCCCUCAGUUAUUUAUUAGUGCAGCAGCAGCUUCGCUCCGCUCAGUCUGCUGCUGGCCGUCGGCGCGCACACACGUACAUGGAGGACAGGAGCUUGGAGACUUGUGGACAUUGUUGAAUUGAGCGCAGAGCGCUGAGAGCUCGCACCGGCUGUGAACUGUUUAGUGUGUGAUGAGACUUUAACUCGAUUUGUGAUUUGUGAAGCACCCAAGCAUCGCAUCACUUCCAGGCUGGGAUUUUUCUUUUACUCAUUUCACACGGACUGAAAUGAGAACCGCUGAAGGCUCCUCUGGAACGGUCCUGCACCGUCUCAUCCAGGAGCAGCUGCGCUACGGUAACCUGACGGACACUCGUACACUGCUGGCCAUCCAACAGCAGGCCCUGCGUGGAGGCAGCGGCGGCGGCGGGGGCACAGGCAGCCCCCGCUCUUCUCUGGAGAGCUUGACUCAGGAGGAGACCCAGUACAUCCAGAUGUCAGCACGGCAGGAGCCUCAGGGCCAGGAGCACCAGGGGGACUGUCUGCAUUCUGAGAGCCCCGUGUGCCAUCUGUACCAGCUCCAUGGUGAGGAGCUGCCCACUUAUGAGGAGGCCAAGGCCCACUCCCAGUACCUGAUCUCUCAGAAGGGGCAGGCAGAGCAGGAAAGCCCCUGUAUGGACGUAACGGGGAGUUGCAGUGAGGGACAGUGGGAUCUGAAGAGGGAGCAUGCUCGCUCCCUCAGUGAGAGGCUCAUGCAGCUCUCUCUGGAGAGAAACGGACCCAGAGACAGUCUGGCUCUAAGCUUUUCACACAGCUAUCCACAGCUGUAUAAUAAUAAUGCUUCGAACGCCGUGGCACCUGACAGGAAAGGGGCCCAGGAGAGUGCAGACAAGCGGGGGCCACCACCGGACUAUCCCUUCUGUGCCAGACUCCCUGGAUAUAUGCUCAGUCACUCACAGGAGCAUGGGCAGUACUAUAGAGACCCUCCUCCUCCCUUCUACUCACAGCAUCACAGCAGGUAUGCGUCUGCUCAGUCCCAGGUGGCUCACAGCAGCAUCUCUGCAGCCUCCAGCCAUAACUCAGCUCAGACCGACGUGUUGAUGCGGGAGAACGAGCGGCUCAGGAAGGAGCUGGAGGUCUACACGGAGAAGGCCGCCAGGCUGCAGAAGUUGGAGCUGGAGAUUCAAAGGAUAUCUGAAGCUUACGAGACUCUGAUGAAAGGUUCUGCCAAGAGGGAAACUCUGGAGAAGACGAUGAGGAAUAAACUAGAGGCUGAGAUUAAGAGGAUGCAUGACUUUAACAGAGACCUGAGAGAACAACUUGACACAGCUACCAAACAACGAGCGGCCAUGGAAGCCGAGUGUACAGACCAGAAGCAGCAUGUCUUUGUCAAACUCCUGGAGCAGAAUGAAGAGCAGCAACGAGAGCGUGAACGUCUGGAGAGGCAGAUUCAUCAUCUGCGUGUCUCCGGGGAGGAGUGUCAGCGGAGACGGGAGCUGCUGGAGAAGAGUCUGGCCUCGGUGCAGGCCCGCAACCGGCAGCUGGAGGAAGAACUGCAGAGGAAGAGAGCCUACGUGGAGAAAGUGGAGCGUCUGCAGAGCGCGCUGGCUCAGCUGCAGGCGGCGUGUGAGAAGAGGGAAGCUCUGGAGCUGCGACUUCGCACGCGACUCGAGCAAGAACUGAAGAGCCUCAGGGCUCAACAGUUUCAGAACCAGGCAGCUGAUCCCUCUGCUUCAGAACUGAGCUCCUCCACUUUGCAGCAGCAGCUGAGGGAGAAAGAGGAGCGUGUGCUGGCCCUGGAGGCAGACAUCACCAAGUGGGAGCAAAAGUACCUGGAGGAGAGCACCAUGAGGCAGUUUGCAAUGGACGCAGCUGCCACUGCUGCGGCACAGAGAGACACAACCAUCAUCAAUCACUCACCCCGACAUUCACCAAACAGCAGUUUCAAUGAAGACCUGCCUUUGUCGAGUCAUAGACAUCAGGAGAUGGAGAACAGGAUCCGGGCACUUCACGCUCAGCUCCUGGAGAAGGACGCUGUGAUUAAAGUCCUCCAGCAGCGCUCCAGGUGGGAGCAGGGCAAGCUGGAGAAACAGGGGCUUCGGCCGGCGAGGUCCGUCCCCUCCAUUAACACUGUGAGCAGCAGCACGCAGAGUAAAGGAAAGAGCCUCUCAGAUGACCUGACAGGUGCUGCCGCGCUGCAACCCCAACCCUGCGUGGUGCCCAGGGGCCGGAGCAGAGACUGCAGCACCCAGAGCGACGAGGCCCCGCAGGAGCCUGAGCUCACAGCAGAGCUUAGCAAGCUAAAGACAUCUGAGGCGAUCUCAGCAGCCACUGCCGAAACCUCGGAGGAGCCAAAGGCACCGCUCAAGACGUUCAAGAGCAUCAACAGCUCAGAUGCAGAGGUGGUUGAAAUCCUCAUUUGAGUGCUCGCUGAAGCUCAAAUGACUGAACAGUGACAGCCAGCGAUGACAGACACUUUUGGGAAAGGUGUUAAAGGCUUUCCUCCACGUCUGACUACCAUAAAAGAAAGACCACAUCAACACGCAGGGUCCAGAAUGUAAGGCCGUUUUGAGAGGAGAGGAGAGGAGAGCUGAGCUCUCCUUCUGCUGUUUCUGCACAAUUCAAAAACUGACGUUUGCCUCACAAGUCAGAAUUCUUGUAGGUACCUGGACAGUGUUCUGCAUUGUGAUAGGAACUGGGCUGCUGUUUGUUCAUAUACAUAAGUUCUGCAUGUUAUUUUUUUAGUCAUGUAUUGUAUUUAUAUUUGUAAAUGCUGCUCAUAUCGUGAUAUUUCUGUUUGAAAGGUGAGAAGAACAAGGAUCACUUGUCUGGCUCUGCUCCACUUUUUAAUAUUUAUACAGAUGACUCACUUUUCUGGAUGUGCGCAGCCUGCCUAGGUUUUGUUUCCAGUAGCAUACCUAUUACCAUGGGAAUAUUUAUAAAGUGACUCAGUAUAAGCAUCCUCUGUGUUUUCAUACGUGUUUGAGGAUUAUUCUGUUUAACAGAACUACUCAAACCUAAAUUAACAGUUGCUCCUCUCUUAAAAAUACACUGGGGGCCCUGCUCAGCGGGGGAUUUGGAAACUUCCUCUGAAUGUGGAGCAUGCUCAUUUCUCUCUUAAAAAAGCCUGUGAGGACUGACAGUGUUUCACGGGUGUCUAAUUUUCCAGAUCCCGGGUUAAUGUUUGGGGCCUCAGAUGGCGACGGCCCAACAUUUCGCUCCCCUUCGCUGACACGCUGAAGCUAAUCUUCUCACAUUCCUUGCUGAGGGAAUGCUCCCGUUAAAGAAAACGGCUAUCUAAAGUCUGACCCCUCACCCUUGUUAAAAUGACAUGCAUGCUCCACAUGAUUCCUUUUCUGGGGCUGCUUAGUUCUUCUGGGUCGUGGUAGCUGGUUCUACCAUAAGCGUAGAAAUGGUCAACUAUAAUUGGCCUGCAUUUGCUACUCUAUUUGUUGUCCCCAUCACUGUGUUAUAUUCAGCUGUGUUUUCUCCAUUGCUCAAGUAUCUCACAUUUCUGAGUGGACUAUAUCCUUAACUUGGAAUCUGCUAUUUAUUUCUCCCUGCAUAGCGUAGGAUCACUGAACACUGCUGAAUAUAGACUCCUGUUUCCCAGGAAUGUGUUUUGUAGUUCAACUGGAAUGUGCCACAAUUCAGAUCUGUCCUGCUCAUCAGAGGGGAAUACCCUCGAUUCAACAUCAGUGAGCUGGUGUUUUUGAGUGCUUCAGAAUCUUCACGUCACAAACUCUGGUUCCGUCUUGACAACAUUACAAACAGGAGUAUUGUUUGAAGUCCUACAAAUAACAUGUGAAAUCUCACAUUGAGCUGGUUUUCCCCUUCAAGCUUCUUCGUGAUGUUUCCUGUCACAGUGCGUUUGCUGGUCAGUGCACGGUGUCAGUUUAAGUUAUGCCCUUCACUUUUUUGGAAUGUGUUUACAUGAAUGGUUUUUUUUGAAGUGAGAAAAGUUAAUAUAUUUUGUAGCUGUUGUUGUUUUUUUCAUUUCUGUGUGUGUGUUUUGUUUUCUGGUGCCAAAGAUGUACUCUAUGUUUAACUUAUACCUGAUGACAAAUACAAAAGGUUCUGUUAAGGUGCCUUGCUUCAGCUGGUUGACCCAUUAUGAUGUUGCUGUGAACAUUUGUAAAGGAAACAUUUGUAUGUAUGCCUUAACAUUUCACAUUAAUAGAUUAAAAUUCUUAAUAUAUGUCUGAUAAAUGGCUUCUGUUUUAAUGACUGAGGUGUCAGUGAAGGUGAGCUGUUAGAUGCUGGAAUAUUUAGACAGUGUCCACAGUUCAGUCUUUUUGUCUUACUGCUAAAGUUCUAAGAUGCUUCGACUAAGUACUCUGAGUUAAUUCUUCACGGGUUUUACCA